AUGCCUGCCCUCCUAGAGACCCUUCAUGCUGCAAUUCGCCGAUGCAUCGAGGCCCUAGAUGGGGUAUGGAAGGUAGAGGGUUUGGCAGAGAUAGAGGUCCUAGAUAGGAUUGGUGGCUUCGCGACACUUCUCGCCGUCCUUGUGUGUUCGAGACCAGAGAGGAUGGCCCCCGGCAUGGUCAGCCAGGCUCUGAUGGCGAUCCUGAAUGUGAUGACUAGUGAGGGGCUGGUGGAACUUCCUGGAGAGGACCCUAAGUAG